AUGAGUUUGCUAUCCUCGUCGAAGCCUCACCAUAGUGCUGUUCUCUCAGAGACCACACCGCUCCUCGCGUCGCCAGCAGAUAGCCCAGCGUUGCCCAUCAAUGAAGGAAGUCUUCUCGACCACGAUUCGACAGAGACCACCUCGGCUCGCGAAACUCGCCAUGUCGAAGAUACGCCUCUCCCCAAAACUCAGAUAUUUCUGCUCUGCUUAGCUCGCUUGGUCGAGCCCGUCGCUUUCUUCGGGAUAUUUCCGUAUAUCAAUCAGAUGAUCCAGGAGAUCGGAAAGUUGGCAGAAGCUGACGUUGGGUUCUAUAGCGGUUUUAUCGAAGCGAUGUUCUCGUUUACACAGAUGCUGUUGAUGAUUUCAUGGGGCAGAGCUUCCGAUCGUAUAGGCAGGAAACCAGUCCUGGUCUUCUCCUUGGGAGGUGUAGCCGCUGGGACUGCCUUGUUUGGAAUGAGCAGGACGCUCUGGCAAAUGGUGCUCUUCAGAUGUUGCGCUGGCUUCUUCGCUGGAACCGUCGUAACAAUCCGGGCUAUGCUUUCAGAAAACAGUACCCCGAGGACCCAGGCUAGGGCUUUCAGCUUCUUCGCAUUUAGCGGGAACUUGGGCAUUCUUCUUGGCCCGUUGAUAGGCGGCGCACUUCAGAGUCCGGCCAAGCAGUACGGUGGGGUUUUCGUCGACAUCAAAUUCUUCAGAGACUAUCCAUAUGCUCUGCCGACGUUUGUCACUGGCUCGAUUGGCGCUGCCGCUGCGGUGGCUUGCGGCAUUUUGGUGAAAGAGACACUGAAACGAAGAGUUAAAAGCGACAAUGGAUCUGAGCUUGAAGCUCCGAUGUCCAUCUACGAAAUUAUGAGAGCGCCAGAUAUAGGCUACGUGCUAUUCCUCUACACCCACGUCAUGCUCCUCGGUCUUGCCUAUACAGCCCUUUCGCCGUUAUUUUGGUUUACCGAAGUUUCCCUCGGAGGUUAUGGUUUCACCCCUAUGCAAAUCUCUCUUUUCCUAGCCGGCAUCGGCGUCUCGCAAGGAAUCUGGCUGUUGCUGUUCUUCCCGACCCUGCAACGAAAAUACGGUACGGGAAACAUUAUCCGAGUCUGUUACAUCACAUGGCCGAUCUUCUUCGCCACCUCGCCGCUGUGCAACUACCUCCUCCGGCACGGUCACACGACAGCCUUCUGGAUCAUAGCACCAACUUUCCAAAUUGCAGGGAGCGGUGUUGCUAUGGCCUUCACCGGAGUCCAACUCGCUUUGAACGAUGUCUCUCCGUCAUCGGAUACGCUUGCAACGCUAAACGCGAUGGCGCUCACACUUACAAGUGGCAUUCGAACGAUUGGGCCAAUAGCAUUCACUAGUCUGUUUGCUGCCGGGGCCAACAGCCAAUUUCUGAAUGGCUAUCUGGUGUGGAUUGUUCUGAUAGCUAUUGCGAUGCUCGGAACCGUGUCGAUGAGAUGGUAUCCCCAGAGAGCAGAGGGCAGAGUAAAGGAUCAUGAUGGUGUUAUCACACGCCAGUCACAGCGUUAG